AUGGGGAAGGCUGGAAGAGCUACAGACCACAACACAAAUCUGACCCCUAGUGAAGGAGAAGGGAAGACUGGCCAGCAGUUCUCCACUCACCUUGGCAUCCAGGGAGGUGUGCCGUACACCAGCACCAAUGGAGCAGAUCUGGGCAGAGUGAUGGUGGCCAGGCUGGGAUGGGGGCUGCUGCUUCUGGUGCUGCUCCUACCCACACAGAUUUAUUCAAAUCAAACAACUGUUGUAACACUUUCAAGUAACUCCUCCCAGAAUACCUGGACUGCCCCAAAUCCAGUUAAUACCACUACCUGGGCAACUGGUGGUACUCUAUGGUCAACAGCCAGACUCUUCUUGAUCUCAUUCUCCCUUCUACAUCUCUACUCUUAA